ACAAUAUUUCUACUUUCAAUUUCUUCACCAUUUUCUCCCCUUCAAUCAUAAUCACAAAUUAACCCACACCAUGAAGCAAACUGUGGUGCUCAGGGUGUCCAUGGAUGGGCAGAAGUCUUUUUUCUGUAUUAUACCUGGACAGGAGGCCCGCACCAAAGCCAUGAAGAUUGCAGUUAGCGUUCCAGGGGUGGAAGCAGCAAGUUUGAAAGGGAACGACAAGGACCAGAUAGAGGUGAAAGGGGAAGGGAUUGACACCGUCAAACUUACGACGUUGAUCCGGAAGAAAGUGGGGCAUGCAGAUAUAGUAAGCGUGGAGGAAGAGAAGAAAGAAGAGAAAAAGGAUGAGAAAAAGGAUGAGGCGGCAGUGCAACUGGUGUGGAGUGGUGCGCCUUCCUACCCAAUCUAUCACGAGAUCAACCAGGAGUAUCCUUUUUGCUCCAUCCAGUAACUAUUUAUUUAUCAAUAUAUAUAUAUAUAUAUAUAGCUUGUCGGUCAUCACUUUCUUACCAAUAUAUAUAUCGUUUCUCUUCUCUGUU